AAUAUCAAUUUUUUCAGAUUUUUUUUUGCAAAUAAUUUUCAAUCACAUAACAAAAUAAAAAAAAAUGAAUCUAUUCGACAAUUGUCCAUCUAUAAUAAUGGGUUAUAAUCGACAACGAAAUUUCAUUUCAUUUAUCAUCAUCAUUAUUUUAAUCAUCUUUUCUUGUUUUUCCAUUUCAUUCAUCAAUGGUCAAGAUACAUCUGAAGAUGAAUCAAAUCAUUCUUCGCCAUCAUCAUCAUCAUCAUCAGAAUCAGUUAGUUCAGAAGAUCGUUCAAGCUAUGGUGAACGUUUAGCUGAAAGUUCAUAUACAUUUACAUCGACAUUUGCAAGAGAACCAAAAGAAGAGACAAACAUUUAUUCAUCUGGUAUAAAUGCCAUAUUAAAUAGUGAUGGUUUCCUGAAUCAAAUGGAUAAAUUUAGUGGCAGUGAUACAAAAUAUAGGCCACAAGGACCAGUAGAAAUGGCUGUACAUAGUAAAAAAACUGUCGAAGUAAUACCGGUAAAAUUUGAAGAUGGUAAUGAUGGUGAACCACAAGUGAUUGAAAUAUCACCAUACGAAGUGCCCGUAUCGAUUGUAUUCAAAACACAGACAAAUAAAUUGAAUGUCAAUCAAGAACAUAAAUCAGAACCGGCUGAAGAACCGAAAGAAAUUAAUUCUGAAGAAGAACCACAUCGUGUCAUCCAUAAUGUAUAUCGUCCGGUAAUACAAGAAGUAACGGAAGUUGUACAACCAUUUCGUAAAGUUUUACAAAAAGUUGAACCAGUUAUUGAAGAAAUGAAGACAAUUAUUUCGAAAGCUGCACCACAAGAUGGUUCGAUUGUACAACAGCAACAACAACAACAACAUCACCAGCAGCAGCAGCAACAACAACAACAACAACGACAACAAUUUCGUACACAAGGUCCAUUUGGAUUUGGUGACAAUGCAAAAAUACAUAGAUUUACAGAAUAUCAACCGAUGGCAUAUGGAUCAGAAAUAGUGGGUAAAGUUGAACCAGCACCAUCACCACUAUUACCAUCAAGAAUAUUGAAUCAUGAAAAUAAAUCCAUUUUACAUCGAUUUGGAUCCGAAAGCAAUAAUGAUUUACAAAAUUUGGCCGAAUCCAAUUCAUCAUCAUCACCAUCAUUAUCAUCAGGAACUAAUAAUUCAGUGUUGGAACCAACCGAAUUCAAUGAUAAAGAAGCUAAUUUACAUUAUAAUGAUAUUAUUAAACAAUAUAUUGACAAUCUUUUAUCUAAAAAACAACAACAACAACAACAACAAAAGUCAACAAAAUCAUCAUCAUCAUUACCAAUCAAUGCAAAUAGUAUAAAAAUGAUGAAUAUUCCUAUGAAAAGUAUGAUGCCAAUGAAAUUAUCAAAUGAUGUUGAUAAUAACAACAAAGAAAAUAAUCAGAAUAAUGAUGAUGUAGCUGGAAAAAUGAGAAUAAUGCGUCCAAAUACUUCAUUUCUACAACAACAACCAUCAACACAAUCAGCACGUUUUAUUAAAACUGAUGGUACUAUUGGAAAAUUGAAAGAAUUUAAACGCCGAUCACGUUCAGCUUAUGGCGGUAUCAAUAAUGUUGCUGGUCCAUUGAGAACAUAUCAUUAUAUGAAUUUUAAAAGAUUUGGUGAUAUAGCACCAACUUCAAUUAGAAUUUUAUGA